AAAAGACCUAUCUUCCCAGCAUCACUCCUAAAGAAAGCCUAGCAUUUACAUCUACUCCUCCACAGGAGAUAGACACAUUGAACAGUUCUGCAACUGCACCCAUUCAUCAGCCUGUCAAUCAAUAAAUCGACUGAAGCACUACAUCACGGAGAGCAAAUACAAAGAGAAGUGACCGAUAGAAACGAAAAGCCAUGAAUCUUGAGCCCCCCAAACCAGAGAUGAAGUCAGCCACCCGUGUCACCGGUGGCCCUGCAACGCCACGCAAAGGACCGCCCAAGUUCAAGCAGAGGCAGACUCGUCAGUUCAAGAGCAAGCCACCAAAGAAGGGUGUGCAAGGUUUCGGAGAUGACAUCCCUGGCAUGGAAGGUUUAGGCACUGACAUCACUGUCAUCUGCCCCUGGGAGGCCUUCAACCAUCUGGAACUUCACGAGUUGGCUCAGUAUGGCAUCAUCUGAGCCCACCACUGUCCCAUCAUCCUCUGUGCAAUUUAGACCCCUUCCUGUCAUGUGCUACAAACCACCUGCCAUCGGUUCCAAGAGGACCAUUCCUACUUUUAUAACAGAAUAAACAAAACAAAACAGCAACAUUUAUAAAAAUGGAAAAACACUCACCAAAAAUUGUAAAUCUGACCAUACGUCCUUCCGGUUUCUCUUUCUUGCAGUCAGAGUACAUUUUCCAUGUCUUAUACUAGAACAAAUUCAAAUCUAUAUUUUGCUCAGUAUCCUGUCAGAUUGGGUUCAGUUUUCAGACACACUGUAACUCUUACCUUUUGUGUGCUCUAUUCUUCUUUUUUCUACUCUUCCUCCCUCUUUUCUUUUGGAACAUGAAACUUACCCAAGCAACACAGCCUCAGAGUGAGUAAAAACAAAUGUCAUACCCGUGAAAUGCCUGACUUCUCAUUUCACGCGCCUCGGUGCCUCCUCUAUCCACCUUCGCCGAGUUCAUAAGAAAAUAUCUAAGUCCUGUAGAGAUGACACACCAUGCUGGCCGACAUUGAGAGUAAUUUGGCAGAGAUGCUACAUUUAGAGCAAUCCCCAAAACUGUAACUCAGGUGACUAAAAGAUAACUGCAGAUCCUUAAAGAAGUUUCAGCCUUUCUACCAUCUUCUACUUUUUUAUUUCUGUGCAUUUGGUGUAACUUAAUGAUCCGUUUAGUGAAAAAUGCUUGAUUUACUGUAAAAAAUUGCUUGUCUUGUUAGCACUAUUUUUGGUCAAGCACGCUGUUGUUGUUCCUAAUGCAUGCAAUUCAAUGCAUGCAAACCCAACAUCCAGGUUAGUGGAUAGUUAACACUCACAUACAGAUAAUAGGGUAUAAAUCACACCCUGAAUUAUGAUUGUAACACUAGCAUUCAUUUUUGGUUUGGUGACUGUGUUUGAUUUGGAAGCAGUAUUGGGCUGUCAGUUUGUGCUAUUUCAUCCUUCAUCAUCAUCAUCAUCAUAUCUUAUUAUCAUUAUGUCAUCAUCAUGUCCCUCAUUUUACUUCUCAUUUCUAUUUAAUGCAUUUCUUUCCAUUUGUAUAUUUCAUUGUAUAAUAUUAUUCAUUAUAAUUUUAUGUAAUCUUAUAUAGCUUCAUUUAAAUGUCCUGUAUUUUAUAGAUUUAUUUUUUAUUGAAUUUAAAGCCAAUAAUUUGA